GCGCCGUCAGGUGACCGCGCUGCGGCCGCGCCGGCAACGGGCGGCGGGGCAAGAUGGCGGCGCACUUGUCCUACGGGCGCGUGAACCUGAACGUGCUGCGUGAGGCUGUCCGCCGCGAGCUGCGCGAGUUCCUGGACAAGUGCGCGGGAAGCAAGGCAAUAGUUUGGGAUGAGUACCUAACAGGACCCUUUGGCCUGAUUGCACAGUAUUCACUACUGAAGGAACAUGAAGUGGAAAAAAUGUUCACACUUAAAGGAAGUCGUUUGCCGGCAGCUGAUGUCAAGAAUAUUAUUUUUUUUGUCCGACCCAGGCUAGAACUGAUGGAUAUAAUUGCUGAAAAUGUGCUCAGUGAAGACAGACGGGGCCCCGCGAGAGAUUUCCACAUCUUGUUCGUGCCACGCCGUAGCUUGCUGUGUGAACAGCGGCUGAAGGACCUGGGUGUUUUGGGAUCCUUUAUCCACAGGGAAGAGUACAGUUUAGAUCUCAUUCCAUUCGAUGGGGAUCUCUUAUCCAUGGAGUCAGAGGGUGCGUUCAAAGAGUGCUACCUGGACGGUGACCAGACGAGCCUGUACCACGCGGCCAAGGGGCUGAUGACGCUGCAGGCUCUGUACGGAACGAUCCCCCAGAUCUUUGGGAAAGGGGAGUGCGCCCGGCAAGUGGCCAACAUGAUGAUCAGGAUGAAGAGAGAGUUCACGGGAAGCCAGAACUCCGUGUUCCCUGUUUUUGACAACCUCUUGCUGCUCGAUCGGAAUGUGGAUUUACUGACACCUCUGGCUACUCAGCUCACGUACGAAGGGCUCAUCGAUGAAAUUUACGGCAUUCAGAACAGUUACGUGAAGUUGCCCCCGGAGAAAUUUGUGCCUAAGAAGCAGGGUGACAGCGGGAAGGAACUCCCCACAGAGGCCAAGAAGCUGCAGCUCAACUCGGCGGAGGAGCUCUACGCGGAGAUCCGAGACAAGAACUUCAAUGCAGUGGGCUCGGUGCUGAGCAAGAAGGCCAAGAUCAUCUCUGCGGCCUUCGAGGAGCGGCACAAUGCCAAGACAGUGGGGGAGAUCAAGCAGUUCGUGUCCCAGCUGCCCCACAUGCAGGCCGCCCGGGGCUCGCUCGCCAACCACACCUCCAUCGCAGAGCUGAUCAAAGACGUGACCACUUCUGAAGACUUCUUUGAUAAAUUAACAGUGGAGCAGGAGUUUAUGUCUGGAAUAGACACCGAUAAGGUCAACAAUUACAUCGAGGACUGUAUUGCCCAAAAGCACCCGCUGAUCAAAGUGUUGAGGCUGGUUUGCCUCCAGUCCGUGUGCAAUAGUGGACUCAAGCAAAAAGUUCUGGAUUAUUACAAAAGGGAAGUUCUCCAGACCUACGGCUACGAGCACAUCCUGACCUUGCACAACCUGGAGAAGGCUGGCCUGCUAAAGCCACAGACGGGGGGCAGGAACAGUUACCCGACAAUUCGGAAAACGCUGCGCCUCUGGAUGGAUGACGUGAAUGAGCAGAACCCCACGGACAUCUCCUAUGUGUACAGUGGCUACGCCCCGCUCAGCGUGCGGCUGGCCCAGCUGCUGUCACGGCCCGGCUGGCGGAGCAUCGAGGAAGUCCUUCGCAUCCUCCCCGGGCCCCACUUUGAGGAACGCCAGCCGCUGCCCACAGGGCUGCAGAAGAAACGGCAACCAGGAGAAAACCGAGUCACUCUGGUAUUUUUCCUCGGGGGUGUAACGUUUGCUGAAAUUGCUGCCCUGCGCUUUCUGUCCCAGCUGGAAGACGGAGGUACAGAGUAUGUCAUUGCCACCACUAAACUGAUGAAUGGAAACAGCUGGAUGGAGGCACUAAUGGAAAAACCUUUCUAGAGUGUUCCAAGAUGUGGCAAGUGCAUCGCACAGUGAACUGCUUCUUUGAAGAAGUUGCUGCAAGGAAGGGAAACCCCACAGAGGAACCAGGAAUACGGAAGUCAUCACCGUGGGAUCUGCUUCUCAUACUGCUGCCUUCUCCGUCCUGCUUCGCUUUGUGUUCUUAAUGACUUGAAGAAAGAAGAGGAGGAUCUGCCUGGGUCAAGAGACACUGGUUUUGAAUUUUCUAAGCUCAGGAUCAUGAGGCCUCUAGGAAUACCGCAGAGAUCCUGGGGAUGGAGACUCCUUACAGCCUCACAAAGGGAGGCAGUUGUUAAACGAGGAAAGCAGAGGCUGCGGAAGUCAAAACAAAAAUAAAAGUGGAAAGUCAAACCCCUGGUCCAAGGGCUGUGUUUCUGAAGACGCACGUGCCUGGGAUGUGGUGCAGGGUUGUGUGCUGAGGGCUGGGGCCGAAGUGGCUGAGCAGUUGCUGUACCCUGACAAGGAAGGCGCGUCGUGCUCGUGUCUCUACCUUCGCUCUUACCUGACCCCUAAGGCGAGUUUUGUUUACUUCUUAAGGAGGAAGAGGUUUGAGGCAGAUUCUUGCUCAGAAGCAGUUUCUGCUGUCUCUGAUCAGCUGCAUCUGUGGAGGCGCCUUGCCUGUCAAGGCUUUCUACGCCGGUGACGGUGACGGAAACAGUUGGGGAAAGGCUAUACUUCCAGGGAUCAUCUCUGUAGUGUGUUACUAGGGAAGUUUCUCUGAUCGUGUAGAGUACCAGAAACCAUGAGGAGGAGGUGUAGUGUUCCUUCCUGAGCAUGAAGUUGGCUCUUGGUGUUGCUUUGGAAAUAGUUGGGGAGUAGCUUCCAGAGAACUCAGCCACUCCAAGACGCUUUCUUAGUGCGUGUGUUGGCAACUCCAAGAAUUUCAGUGAUAGCUGCCUCCAAAGAGAUGUCGCUUUUAUUCCCUGUCCGUCCGGGGCUCACCUUCUGGCUGGUUCCACUGUGAGCAGUGGAACUCUUACCUCUUCAGCAUCUUGCCGCUCUGUCUCCUUGGUAACCAGCGCAUGCACUCUUCUGGUAGUCUGUGGCCACACAGACUCAGUCUCAUGCGUCCAUUGUGCUUGUGAAUACCUAGCUCUGUUUCAGCCCCUGGCCUGGUGGCCUCGGUCACUCCGGAGGGGUCUCACUGACAGAGUCCAGCUGCCACUCUGCUGGGACCUUUAGCUGUGAAGGAGGGCAGGGCUGCAGGAGGUACCCACGCAGUCCCCAACUCCCUCCUCAGCCCGGCACCUGGAGGAGUUCGGAGUGCCAGCAAGGGGCCCUGGUGCUGGCUGUACUGCCGCUGCCCAGGCAUGCAGCAAAGUUAGCUGGUGCCUAGUGUCACUGUUUUUUGUUUUUUUAUUUGUUUUUUGAGACAGCGUCUCACUGUGCAGUUCAGGCUGGCCUUGAGCUCACUCUGAGUGCUGAGCCCCCCCAUCCCCCGUGCUUGUCACUAGUGGAAUUCUGGUAGUUACGUUGCGUGUUACGAGUGGGAGAAAUUCUGGAUUUAAAAAAAAAGUGGUGGUGCACACCUGCAAUCCCAGCACUCAGGAGGGUGAGGCCAGCCUGGGUUACAAAGUGAGACACUGUCUCAAAAAACAAACAACCCCCCCCCAAAAAAAAACCUAUUUAGUAUAAGAAUAAAGGGGUAGCAGAGAGAAUGUUUAAAAGAUAUAGUUUCUCAUGGAAUUAAUUGGAGCUUGACAUUCAGUAUUUGGAAAUGGAAAACUGUUCCUGAAUGGAAAGCCAUUCCUAUUCUAGAGAGUCCUUUUUCAGAUACUUGUUAUCCCAGGGAGAUUAGUUUAUCCCUUGGGGCCCGGGCAGCUGUUAGCUUCGACUGCUUUAGAGAACGCAUCUACCCUGCCCCUCAGUGUUUUUGGCCAUGGGACUCAGUUCAAGUCUGGUCACGUCUCCAUGGCGGGGGUUUUCUCAGUGGUAGCUUCAUGUGUCUGCAUUCCCUCGUGACUCUACUUGUUCAGACAUAGCUAGGUCAGCUCCUAAAAAUGCAUUUAGCAGAAGACUUAAAAAAAACAUCAAUUGCUUCAUUUGUAUACAAAUAGAAGCUGGUGGAUACUUCUAUGCUAUACGCCUUUGUGCACGUCCAUUUAAUACUUGAAGCUGUCUUUGUCUAGAGGAAUGUUCCCGUACUAAGAAAGGGUAUGUGAAUGGUACGUUUAUUCCUGGAGCGGGUGGAUUGUUUACAUCAUGUCUGGACUUUUGUCUCGUUGGGUAGACAGUUCUGCUACACAAGCAGUCCCUUAGAAGUCUACAUAGACACUGCUUUGUGUCUCACAUGGUUUUGAACUUCAGCCAACAGAGAACUAUCUUAACUGUACUUUAAUUGUGGAGCAAGAGAGUAAUGGGUAAGGGAGCAAAGAUCAAAAACAGGACGUUUAACCCUUGGAGAGAGCUGGGAAGGUCUCGGUGUGGGUUCUGUGCCCUUUGAGGCCUGGUCUCACCGGAAGUGGAUGUGAUUAAUCAGGCUGUGCUGCUGCCUGCGCUGCGCUCGGGUACAUUCAAGACCAGCUGGGGCUGGGGGUGUGGCUCAUUGGUAGAGUGUGUGCUUAGCCUGUGUCCCUCUCCCAAGACUGGCCCAUCACAGGAGGCAAUUCUGUAUUUAAUAAAGUUGAAUUCAAGCAAAGAUACUUCUAAAAAGUACUGAAUCAAGUGUCUGAAACAGGAAGAGGGGGCUUUGACAAAGCUACCAAGGCACAGGGAUGCGGACAUCACGUAGACCUACUUGUCUCCUGAAGAUUGUGAAUUGCACUCAAGUUUUCGGUUGAUUGGUUUAACCGUGACAUACUAUAGAAAACAGAGGAUCCCUUUUUGUCAAUUGAAAAAGCAAUGAUAUAAAACUUCUCAGAUUCUUA